AUGUUUCAUGUGAAAUAUCCUCAAGGAAGUGGUGGAAAUAAUUCCAAACACCUGAUGAUCAAUAAGGACACUUUCCUUAAAGGAAAAAAAUCUAUCGUUCAGAUCGAUAAUCCCUGGGAUAAGAUGUGUUUAGCUAGAGCUAUUGUCAUCACCCGGUUACACAGUGAAAAACCAGAAAAUCCCGACCUCGAAUGGGAAAAAAGAUGGAAACGUAUGCGGGUAGGAGAUGUAAGGAGUAAUGAUCAGAAAAAUCAAGCUAAAGCUCUCAUGGAACAAGCCGGGUGUGAUAUUCAUCAAUCUUGUGGACCCGAAGAAUGGGGGAAAUUACAACAAGUGUUAUAUCCUCAAUAUCGACUGAAAAUAUUUCAGAUCAAGUCUAUGUCUUCUAAAUUCUCCUUAGAACCUAUCUACAAAGGGAAUGGACAAGGAAUUUCUUUAAACAUUUUGUUAGAAGAUCAUCAUUACCAUGCCAUUUUAUCCAUGCCUGGUAUCACAGGGUGUCAAUAUUAUUGUGAUCAUUGUGAUGUGGGGUAUAGAAACAUCACAGACCAUCGAUCCAAAUGUCCUUUUCGAUGUGAUUUUUGUUUAUCUUACCCUCCAUGCCCUAAAGACGGGAGCCAGAUUUCAUGUCCUCAUUGCCAGGGAUUUUUUAAGAAUAGAGGUUGUUAUGAAAAUCAUUUACGACCUUAA